CUGCGGCAAUAAACGGAGCCGUACAGAAGAGUAGACCUACAACAUCCGGGCAAUAGCAAGCUUGCGCAGAAACGGAAUGGCGGAGGUGGGUGACCAGCAUCUGGACGUGGCUGCAGUGGAGUUGGAGGAAAAGAACCCUCUCUCCAUGAAGAUGGCAGCCAAAUCACACCCUGCCAGUGAGCUUCCUUUGGAGAAGCUGCUGGCUUUGUACGGCUAUAAAGUGUCUGAUCCAGAGAAGGAAAGCUGCCUUGUGGCUGCCAGUAUGCCAGACAUGACUCAUGAAAAGGGUCAAAUAAACGAAGGAAUGUUUCACGGGGAGGAUGAGGAGGAAACAUCGGCUUAUGAUCUCUCCUCCUCGAACACCUCGGAUCUGAUUCGGCGUCUCCAGGGUGGAGAUAAAGCCGCGUCAGUCAGCACAUCAGAUGAGGACUCGGAUGAGACCUAUAUUCCUUCCAGCGAAGAGCACAAGGAGAUUAUGGUUGGCUCCAUGUAUCAAGCAAAAAUCCCUCCAAUAAGCCCAUAUAGUUACCAGGAGAGAGCCUACAGCAGUGAGGACCAGUUGCUGUGGAAACCAGAGGUCCUGCCGGCGCAGGAAGUCGAGGCGUUCUUGCAUAAUGCACAGAGGUUCCGUGGCCAGGAGGGGGCCGAAUGGAUAGAAGGGGCUCCCAUCCAAGACAAUGAACAGGCACUGUAUGAACUAGUAAAAUGCAGCUUUAACACAGACGAGGCACUGAGGCGAUUACGUUUCAAUGUGAAAGUGUUCAGCGAGGAGUUGUGUUCUUGGAGCGAGGAGGAGUCUAAGAACUUUGAGCACGGCUACCGAGUUUACGGGAAAAACUUCCACCUCAUCCAGGCUAACAAGGUACGAACACGCUCGGUGGGAGAGUGUGUGGAGUACUACUAUAUGUGGAAGAAGUCCGAACGGCACAUGUACUUUACCCAGCAAGCCACCCGGUUCAGCAGAAAGAAAUACACCCUGCAGUCGGGGAGCGUUGAGGAUGGAGACCAGGACGGGGAGGUCGAACCUGGAACUAAACAAACAAGAAGAGGAGGGCCGCCCCAGGCGCAGACGAACGCCCCGCUUUCUCUUAAAGCCAUGACCUCUGUCUGCGCAGGCCACAGAAAGCAGGCUGGGCCUGCAGAUGGUGAGCUGAUAAUGAGUCUGUCAGAGCUCUGUGGCGACGAAUGCUCCCAGCAGCCGUUUGAAUGUCCCUUCUCUUUCCCGUCCGUGGAAGACCUGCGGGACCGUGGCUCAGAUUGUCGCCGUGGCCGUGGCCGUGGCCGUCGUCCCUCAGCUCCGGCCCGGUCGCCGCCCUCUGCCCAGAGCUCCCGGUGGGCGUGCGGCAGCCCGCCGCGCCCCCCCGACGGCCACGGCCUCCCGGGCCCCUGCUUCUACCAGCUGCACGUGCGCGGCGGGCCUCUGGCCUCGGACGGCUCUGACCGCGGUAACGGGCUUCAGCUGGAGUCCAGCCUCCCGUCCUCCUCGUCCGCUGCCCUCUCCCCACACUUCCAGGCGCUCAGCAACCUGCUGCACCCGUAG